AUGAACAAGGAAUUCCAGAAGCAGGAGUCCAUCUACGCCAAGGGCCGGGAGUCCCUCAUCGCGCCCAAGGACGACUUCGUCAACUCCUUGGACGAGUCGGCCUGCGAGUCCCUGGUCGGAUUCGAUGCGGGGGACCUAGCGCCGGAGCUGCGGAACUGGGACCUGUGGGGCCCGAUCCUGAUCAGCAUGGUGCUGGGGCUGAUGCUGUCGAUCGUGGGCAGCGCCACCUCAGACAACUUCGGGAUCAUCUUCAUGACCAUGAUGAUCGGCACCUCGGUCAUCACCCUCAACUUCAAGAUCCUGGGGUCCAAGCUGCGCUUCUUCCAGACCAUGUCCUUCCUGGGCUACUGCGUGACGCCCCUCGUGGUGGGGGUGCUGGUGAUGGUCGUGCUCAAGUCGGCCUCGGUGAACAGCCUGCUGCUCAACAUGCUGGUGAUGACCCUCUCCUGCGUGUGGGGGGUGCUGGCCGCCAACGGCUUCCUGAGCACGAUGAUCGAGCCCGACCGCAAGUUGAUCGCCAUGUACCCGGUCCUGCUCUUCUACGCCCUGCUGUCAAGCUACCUGAUCUAUAUCUGA